AGCUCAGCCUCUCCCCUUUUUUUAUUUUUAAACAAAACCGCGUUUCAAACUUUACAACCUCACACCCCAAUAAUAUAAAAAGCUUUGCUUUUUUCAGAUCUUUUCAUCUAUAGUUCUUCCCUCUCCCAACUCUGAUCUGUCUCUCAGAUUUCUCUAGCUUCCACCAUGCCUAAACCACCUUUCCUUCUCUUCCUGAUCUUCGUUUCUUGCUUAUUUUCCUCCUUCAUAGCCAGCACUAGUACUGCCACCAUUAAUGCCACCACCACUCUCUCCCAGCAAUUCAAAGAGGCCCCAGAAUUCUACAACUCCCCGGAUUGCUCUUCCAUAACCAACUACCUCGAAGAAGAUGAUGCAGAAGAAGAAGAAGAUGAUGAGAGCAGCCGCCUUAACAUCAACCACAAGAACAAUGUCUGCUCUGAUAGAGCUGUACAUGUAGCAAUGACUCUGGACACCCAAUACAUCCGGGGCUCCGUGGCUGCUAUCCUCUCCGUCCUCCAACACUCCUCCUGCCCAGAAAACAUCUUCUUCCACUUCGUCGCCUCAGCCUCUGCAAACGCCUCCCUCCUGCGUGCCACCCUCGCCCACUCCUUCCCUUACCUCAAAUUUCAAGUCUACCACUUCGAUGACUCUCAUGUCUCCGGCCUCAUCUCUACCUCCAUCCGCUCCGCCUUGGACUGUCCUCUCAACUACGCUCGCAGCUACUUGGCUAAUCUCUUGCCUUUGUGCGUUCGUAAAGUGGUUUACCUCGACUCCGACCUGAUCCUCGUUGACGACAUUGCCAAGCUCGCCGCCACCCCACUGGGUGAGAGCUCCGUCCUCGCCGCUCCAGAGUACUGCAAUGCCAAUUUCACAUCGUAUUUCACCCCGACGUUUUGGUCCAAUCCAUCUUUGUCGCUGACUUUCGCCAACCGUAAAGCUUGUUACUUCAAUACCGGCGUGAUGGUAAUCGAUCUUGACCGGUGGAGAGCUGGAGAGUUCACGAGAAGGAUCGAGGAGUGGAUGGAGCUCCAGAAGAGGAUGAGGUUAUACGAACUGGGAUCUCUGCCGCCAUUUCUGCUCGUGUUUGCCGGUAACAUAGCUCCUGUGAAUCACAGGUGGAACCAGCACGGACUCGGCGGCGACAACUUUCGGGGACUUUGCCGGGAUCUACACCCGGGUCCGGUGAGUCUCUUGCAUUGGAGCGGGAAAGGAAAGCCCUGGGCUCGACUAGACGCGAACCGGCCUUGCCCACUGGACGCUCUUUGGGCGCCAUACGAUCUGUUGCAGACUCCAUUUUCUUUGGAUUCUUAACAAGUGCAGAAAUUACACUUCUUUAGGAUCAAAAACUUGGAGUAUGCUCUCUCUGGCGCCUGUUUAGUCGGAGGGCCAAAGGAAGAAGAAAGAAUCGAAACCGUUCGUACGUCUUUUUGCAAGGCAAGGAGUUUUUUUGUUCUUGUAGAUCAUAUACAUGAUUCAAAGUUCAAACCCAGCAGGCCUGGAGCUCAGAACAUAUACCAAAAUAAAACAUAAAUAAAUAUCAACACAUGAUCUCUCCCCAACUUUCAUUAAUGUUCUACUUUUGUGCAAUAAUAAGGCCAGAGAAGAUUCGAAUUCCCCGAAAUGGGAUUCAUUAAUCUAUUUGCAAUCAAGGAUAUAUGAUAGUUGUAUCAAACUCUAUGAUCUGUACAGCAAAAGAGCUAUUUUUGCUUGGUUUAGUUCUUGAAGAGAGAGAACAAAUAUGUAAAUAAUUUCAUAUCUUUUUCUGAAACCUUCUCAGCAAAUCUUCGAUCUA